GAACGUUAGAAAAACUUAUACGCACGAGACUUGCACUGAAAUGGAAGAAUUCGUUUUAAAGAAUUUCAUUGUAUCAAAGAGCUUGAUUGUAGAUUUUUUAUAUGAUCAGGAGAUAAGUGUUCUGACUUGAAACUCAUCUACGUCUACGUCUGUCUCUCGCUGUCACAACAAAGGAAUUAGAGUCUUCUAACAGCCCGCAGUUUUUGUGCUAUGAAUACGCGAGAUAUUUUCUGAACUAAGCAGAAAAGUGGUUUUGCCAAUACAGUAAAACAGAAAACGUCUUCCUAUUCCUAACUACAUUUAUUGACAUCGUAUAAUUUUUCAACAGGAUGUUGUAAAACUAAGAUAGAAUUUCUACAACAUCAAAAUGAUCGUGCCUAAAGGUGUCGAUCUUCUCGAAGUACAAGCGGAGAAAAAAAAUAAUUUAAAAACAGAUAUUCAAGAUGCAAUAUGUGCUCUAAUGAAUACAGAAGGCGGGCGUAUUGUGGUGAAAAUCGACGAAGGUUGCACGGUUAAUUUUCGUACUUUUGAACAGAAUAUUCGCGAACUUCUUUGUGUGAGCAAUGUUUUAAAAUAUGUUUCCCUCAACUAUUGUUUGCAUGAAAUCAUAUUAAACGUGAAAAAGAGUGAAAAGCUAGUCACUGUCAACUAUAAUAUGUAUUUACCCACGCAGACGGAGGUUGUACAAUUAGGUGAAAAUGACCCACGACAGAAUAUCAUUGAUAUUAUUGAAAGGAAGUUUGUAGAAAGUACAGUCGACAAGGAAAAUCAUAUUAAACAAUUUGUUCAAGAUAAAAAAGUACUAUGCAACGAAAGUGAAAUAACUCAGUUUAAGAAAUUUGAAAGUAAAAAGGAAACAGCAUUUGUUGAAAAAAUGAAAAAUAACAAGUUAACGAAAUAUGUUUCUGCUUUUGCUAACCACAGAGGAGGUCACAUUUAUUAUGGAAUCAAUGACAAGGGAAUUGUUAAAGGAGAAAAACUUUCAGAGAGCAUAAAAAAAAUAAAAGAUGAUCUGUCCACAGUAAUGAAGGAUACGUUAAUAUGGACGACAGAGAAAAAAACUCCUGUGUGUGGUACUGACUGGGAGAUGUUCGCUGAGCAUGUUCAUGACAAUGAUGGUAAUAAUGUUGACUCCCUUUACGUUAUCAUUGUGUUUAUAAAACAUCAAUUUGGAGGAGUGUUUACGGGUGAGCCCAAUUCUUCUUAUAUGAGGAAUGACGAGAAAGGGUGGCAGGUUGCAAGAAUGGAAAUCGGUCCAUGGUGGCAGAGAUUUAUAAAUUCAAAAAACGACCUCACUACUGUAGAGCCAGUGUUCUGGAGUUCGAAAGACAAACAAAACUUUUUUGUCAAAUUCAGUGAAAAGCUUGUUGAUUACAGAGAUGCUGGGGAUCUAAAAAGUUUUGACAAAUUGUGUAAGUUUGCAACGGAAACUUUUCCUGAUAUGAAUCCCCAUUUCCCUGCUUUGGCUGGAAAAAUCACCAUUGCAUAUAAAGCUGGAGACAUUAGGAGUGCCAAAAUGUAUAUAGAUCAAUAUAAUGAUUUAUUGACCAAGUGUGAAAACGACAAUCUAUUUUUCGAAAGUCGAAUAUGUCUUUCUCAAAGUCUUGUUUAUCGGAAAGAGAAACAGUCUUACGAAAGUUAUAAAAUGAGUAAAGAAGGAUAUCAAUUAUCUCUGCUAUGUGAGGCUGGACUUUGCCAUUUAUGGAUUUGCAUGGAACAUAGUAUGAACGCUGCUAUAUGUGCAUUUCAGCAUCUAAAUGAUAAGAAUUGUUUUCAGAAAUUCCGUAAUGAGUCUCUUCUAUUUCUUGAUAAAACCGCUGCAGUUGCAUCUCAACUUCUAGAGAAAGGUGUCCCUUUUCGAAGGUCAGACACUUAUCACAAACUUUGUAUAUAUAAAGCCCUGGUGUUGCUGAAUUUUUCUAUUACUGGGGAAUUUUCCAGCAUUGCUCCAAGAGAAAUGGAUGUAUCAAAGGCAGCAGACUUAAUAAAGUGCAUAUAUAAAGCAGAAAUGAACGGUGAGAUGUUAACCCCUUUGCGGAGAAUCGAGCAUUGUUUAGUUCAAUCUGAUUAUUUUAGACGUCUUUCUGAACUCAAUAAAAAAGAAGAAAAUACGUCACAAAUGCGUGAAAUAGCUUUAAAGCAUGCACAGAAUGCUAAAGAGGAGGCAAAACUAGUUAAAAUUAAAAACAUGGAGGAGUAUGCAGACUAUCGUUUAAAGGAUUUGCGCAAUGACAUGGCUUACACGGAAACAACACCAGAAUUUCAAUUGUUUUAGGUAUUAAAUUUUUUUAUGUCUUUUUUUUUUAAAGAUUUUUGCAUAAGUCAUAAAUGUAGCUGAAUACAAUAACGUCGUUGCUAAACAUUGUAUAUGCAAGUUAAUACGCAAAACAUUCAACCUGGCGUGAACAACCCUAGGAACAUGAACUGAUGUUUGCGUACGGGAAGUAUCCUCUUUUAUAAGGGUUAAUUGGUUAUUAUUUAACUACUUAUCCAGUAAUUGAAUUAUUAUUUAAAAUGCUUAAAAUUAUUGAUAUUUAUUAGAAUGUGUAAUUUAGUUAAUAAAAUAACAUGUGUAAAACUAA